CCAAUCGACAUGCGGCACGGUUUCUCUUUCCUCUUCUUCCUUCUAUGGGAUGGAAGGCUUCUGGAGGGAAGCAAGGAGGAAAUUCAGCUCAGAAAGAACCUCUUUGCAAAUUAUUCUAUGGUUCUCCCCGUCGAGUUCCCCAAUUCCCCACUCCUGGUCACCUUCCGGCUCGUUCUCUAUCGGAUCACAGAAUUGGACGAGAGAAAUCAGGCCCUCGUCACAAGCGUGGAGGUCGUUCUCCGAUGGAAGGAUGCCUAUUUGAAAUGGGACACGAAGGACUACGGUGGAAUCGAGCAGAUCAUGGUACCCUAUGCAUCCAUCUGGACGCCGGACAUCAUCCUAGGCAAUAGAGAGGAAGACACAUAG